GAGCGCCGCCGCCUCCUCCCUGGGUAGACCACAGACGCGGCUCCGGGGCUCUCCCUGCACCACCGGACGGCCCAGGAUGCUGCCGGCCAUCCUCCUCCUCCUGCUUGGAGGCGCUCUGGCCCAUCCGGACCGGAUCAUUUUCCCAAAUCCUGCUUGUGAGGACCCCCCAGCAGUGCUCUUGGAAGUGCAGGGCACCUUACAGAGGCCCCUGAGCCGGGACAGCCGCAGCUCCCCUGCCAACUGCACCUGGCUUAUCCUGGGCAGCAAGGAGCAGACUGUCACAGUCAGGUUCCAGAAACUGCAUCUGGCCUGUGGCUCUGAGCGCUUAAUGUUACGCUCCCCACUUCAACCACUCAUCUCCCUGUGUGAGGCACCUGCCAGCCCUCUGCAGCUGCCUGGAGGCAACGUCACCAUCACCUACAGCUAUGCCGGGGCCAGAGCACCCAUGGGCCAGGGCUUCCUACUCUCCUACAGCCAAGAUUGGCUGAUGUGCCUGCAGGAAGAGUUCCAGUGCCUGAACCACCGCUGUGUACCUGCUGUUCAGCGCUGUGAUGGGAUAGAUGCCUGUGGCGAUGGCUCUGAUGAAGCAGGUUGCAGCUCAUCCUGGCCUGACCCCAGGCCACUCCCCUCCCCUGCCCUGACUCCAGGCCCCGUCUCCACCCUGCCUUGCAAUCUCACCUUGGAGGACUUCUAUGGAGUCUUCUCCUCCCCUGGAUACUCACACCUGGCCUUAGUCUCCCAUCCACAGUCCUGCCACUGGCUGCUGGAUCCCCACGAUGGCCGGCGGCUGGCAGUGCGCUUCACAGCCCUGGACUUGGGCUUUGGAGAUGCGGUGCAUGUGUAUGAUGGCCCUGGGCCCCCCGAGACCUCCCGGCUACUGCGUAGUCUCACCCACUUCAGCAAUGGCAAAGCUGUCACUGUGGAGACACUGUCUGGCCAGGCCAUCGUGGCCUACCACACAGUUGCUUGGAGCAAUGGUAGGGGCUUCAAUGCCACCUAUCAUGUGCGAGGCUACUGCUUGCCUUGGGACCGACCCUGCGGCCUAGGUUUGGGCCUGGGGGCUGGCGAAGGCCUAGGUGAGCGCUGCUACAGUGAGGCACAGCGCUGCGAUGGCUCAUGGGACUGUGCUGACGGCACAGAUGAGGAGGACUGCCCCGGUUGCCCACCUGGACACUUCCCCUGCGGGGCUGCCGGCACCUCUGGUGCCACGGCCUGCUACCUGCCUGCUGACCGCUGCAACUACCAGACUUUCUGUGCUGAUGGAGCAGAUGAGAGACGCUGCCGGCAUUGCCAGCCCGGCAACUUCCGAUGCCGGGAUGAGAAGUGUGUGUAUGAGACCUGGGUGUGUGACGGGCAGCCAGACUGUGCGGACGGCAGCGAUGAGUGGGACUGCUCCUACGCCCUGCCCCGCAAGGUCAUCACAGCCGCGGUCAUUGGCAGCCUUGUGUGCGGCCUGCUGCUGGUCAUUGCUCUGGGCUGCACCUGCAAGCUCUAUGCCAUCCGCUCCCAGGAGUACAGCAUCUUUGCGCCCCUCUCCCGGAUGGAGGCCGAGAUUGUGCAACAGCAGGCACCUCCCUCCUAUGGGCAGCUCAUUGCCCAGGGUGCCAUCCCGCCUGUCGAAGACUUUCCUACAGAGAACCCUAAUGAUAACUCAGUGCUGGGCAACCUGCGUUCCCUGCUACAGAUCUUGCGCCAGGAUAUGACUCCAGGAGGUGCCUCGGGUGCCCGCCGCCGCCAGCGAGGUCGCUUGGUGCGCCGCCUGGUGCGUCGCCUGCGCCGCUGGGGCCUGCUUCCUCGAGCCAACCCUUCAACUCGGGCCCCUGAGACCAGAUCGCAGGUCACACCUUCUGCUGCUCCCCUUGAGGCCCUAGAUGGCAGCACAAGCCCAGCCUGUGAGGGCGGGGCAGUGGGUGGGCAGGAUGGGGAGCAGGCACCGCCACUGCCCGUCAAGGCCCCCCUCCCAUCUGCUGGCACCUCUCCAGCCCAGCCUACUGUCCCCGAGGCCCCAGGGCCACUGCCUGCACUGCCCCUAGAGCCAUCCCUGUUGUCUGGAGUGGUACAGGCCCUGCGAGGCCGCCUCCUGCCAAGCCUGGGGCCCCCAGGACCCAUCUGGACCCCACCUGGGCCCCAUACAGCAGUCCUGGCCCCGGAAGACGAGGACGAUGUGCUGCUGGUGCCACUGGCUGAGCCAGGGGUCUGGGUGGUAGAGGCAGAGGAUGAGCCACUGCUUGCCUGAGGGGCCCUGGCUCCCCUGGGGGCUCUAGUUACAGUGGCACAACCCUUUAGAGGGUGGGUCAGCUUUCUCUCCACUUCAUUCCUUGUCCCUGGGUCUUUGGGGACUUGGUGAGCCUCCCAUUGAUCCUGUGUAGCUGCUGCAAAGUUAAGUGCCCCUCAGGCAAGAAGAGGGCUUAUACAGAGUCCCCUCUGUACAUGGCCAGACCAUAGUCCUUCCACCACCCACUUCUCCCCAUGCCACCACCGUUCAGGUGACUGUUCUAGAAAGUAAAGUUCUUAAAGAACCAUAGGCCGGGACACUCCAUCCUUGCCAACCCCCCCAAAAAAUAGCCUUAAGUACUGGAAUGCCAAUUGGCUGGAGACCCUUGGCCCCCAAGGGGAGGAUUUGGACAGGACCUGAAGUUUUGCCAACCACAGUCCUUCCUUCAGGGCCUGGCUUACAAAAAGAGCACAGCAAAUGCUUCUGUCCCAUAGCUGGGUCAUUGCCCAGAAGGUUGAGGUAAAAAAAUAAAAGAAUCA